UGCUGCUAGACUCACACAACAACUCUUCCAGAACCUGAGAGAGGAACAAACUCAACAAACAGGGGCAAAGGAAAGAGGCUUUCAGACUCUGAAUUAAAGCGCAAAAACUAACUUUGAGAGAAAACUUCAAGAAACUACACAAGAUCGACUUGAGAUCUAGAGAAAGCGAACGGCAGAAGAAUUUCUUUUGAUUUGCAAGAAAACAGAACAAUGUCUUCCGGAAAAGUGACAGCUGUACUCCUCUUGGCUGUGCUCUGCUGGGUAUCUGAUGCCCAGGAUUGCAAUGGGGAAUGUCAGUGCCCACAGAAAGUACCUGAGUGUGCGCCUGGGGUUAGCCUGGUCCAGGAUGGAUGUGGAUGCUGUAAAGUGUGUGCCAAGCAAUUGGGUGAACUCUGCACUGAGAGAGACAUGUGCGACCCACACAAAGGACUGUUCUGUGACUUUGGCUCCAGGAUCAACAGGAAAAUUGGAGUCUGCACUGCCAGGGAAGGUGCCCCUUGUGUGUUUGGAGGCAUGGUCUACAGAAGUGGGGAGUCCUUCCAAAGCAGUUGCAAGUACCAAUGCACAUGCUUAGAUGGAGGCGUUGGCUGUGUGCCACUCUGCAGCAUGGAUGUCCGUCUUCCUAGCCCUGACUGUCCAUACCCAAGAAGGGUGAAACUGUCUGGCAAGUGCUGUGAAGAAUGGGUCUGUGAUCAACCUGCAGAAAAAACCAUCAUUGGACCUGCUCUGCCUGCUUUUAGAAUGGAGGAGACAUACGGUCCUGAUCCAUCUCUGAUGCGUGCCAACUGUCUGGUACAGACCACUGAAUGGAGUGCUUGCUCAAAGACCUGUGGCAUGGGCAUCUCUACACGGGUUACCAAUGACAACGAGCACUGCAGACUGGAGAAACAGAGCAGACUCUGUAUGGUUAGACCUUGUGAAGCCGACCUUGAGGAAAACAUUAAGAAAGGAAAGAAGUGCAUCCGUACUCCUAAAAUCUCCAAACCAGUCAAGUUCGAGUUUUCUGGCUGCACAAGUGUGAAAACCUACAGAGCCAAGUUUUGUGGGGUCUGCACAGAUGGUCGUUGCUGUACCCCUCAUAGAACCGCCACCCUCCCAGUAGAGUUCAAGUGUCCUGAUGGUGAGGUCAUGAAGAAGAAGAUGAUGUUCAUCAAGACAUGUGCAUGUCAUUACAAUUGCCCUGGAGACAAUGACAUCUUCGAAUCCAUGUACUACAGAAAAAUGUAUGGGGAUAUGGCAUAGAUCCAGAGAACCACCCCAAAAGACUGUUUCACUUGAAAUGACUUUUGCAUCUCAUUGCUAAACAUAAUGUUAUAGCACAAGAACGUAUUUAAGUCUGUUUGAAUGAAAGUCUUUCUUUUUAAGACUUGAUUGUUGAAUGACCCCAGCCAUUGGUUUGAAGAAAGGAAGACGAACCAGGCCUCCCUAGCUCUGCUGGGUGCAAUGUAAUGUUGCUGUACAUUCAUUGUCAUAGGGCAGUAUGCACUGAGUAUAAGUGAUGUAUUUUGCACCCAGUAAUGCAACUGGAAAAAAUAGCUCUUACUAUCUUUAUAUACAGUAUUCAAUGAAAUGGCACCAUUUCAGUGACAGCUGGAGUUUAUAUUCCAGCUAAAUUAUGGUACCUAAACAGUUGUCCUUGUAGGACAACAUAAUUUUUUUUUAGCAAACCCUGAG